GCCGGUUGUGCGGCUUCCUGCUGGAGCGGGCGGGGUCGGGGGAUGCCUGGCGGGGGUGCGGUUUCCCAGCUUCUUCUUCUUCUUCUCCAGGCCUCGUUGAAGACCCGGGUUUUUUUUCUCUCCCGUCUGCCCGAAUUCCCCCCUCCCACAAAAAAAAAAAACAACCAUGAGCGGCUCUAGCCCAGAGAAAGAGGGGGAACCUCAGAAGAAUGAGGCGGAGAGCAAAACGGAGCUCCCUCAAGACGAGGCCGACGGAGCCGAGAUGGACUGGGAGGCGGCGAAGAUUGCCUACGAGAGCCUCGCCAGCACCAAGAGACCCCGGCCGCCCAAGCCUCAAAAUGCCAUCACCAUCGCCGUGUCUUCCCGAGCUCUCUUCGAUAUGGUGGAGGAAAGGAAAAUUUUUGAAGAGCAAGGUCUGGAAAAAUACGUGGAAUACCAACAGGCCAACGAGAACGUCACUCUGAAACCUGGCCCUGCUUUUGCCUUUGUCAAGGCGGUGGAACAUGUAAAUGCACGACUUCGUGAACUAUAUCCUGAGGAUGAAGAGCUGUUUGAUAUUGUGCUCAUGACUAAUAAUCAUGCCCAAGUGGGAGUGAGACUUAUCAACAGCAUUAACCACUACGGUCUUCUAAUUGAACGGUUUUGUAUGACUGGAGGCAAGAGUCCCAUCGGGUACCUGAAAGGAUACCUUACCAAUCUGUAUCUUUCUGCUGACUCUGAAAAAGUCCAGGAAGCCAUAGAAGCAGGAAUUGCUGCUGCCACUUUAUUUUCUGGAAACAAGAAUGUGCCUUAUGAUGAUAAACAACUCCGAGUAGCCUUCGAUGGAGAUGCUGUUCUUUUUUCUGAUGAGUCGGAAAUCAUUGUGAAAGAACAUGGCCUGGAUAGAUUUUUUGAGCAUGAGAAGAUCCAUGAGAAUACACCUCUGGCAAAGGGUCCUUUGAAAUGUUUCCUGGAAGACCUUGGAAGGCUCCAGAAGAAGUUUUACCUCAAGAACGAACGGUUGGACUCGCCAGUCAGGACUUAUCUGGUGACAGCCAGGAGUGCUGCCAGCUCUGGAGCUAGAGUGCUGAAGACUCUUCGAAGCUGGGGAGUGCAGAUUGACGAAGCCCUCUUCCUCGCAGGGGCACCCAAGGGUCCGAUCUUGGCAAAAAUCAGGCCUCACAUUUUCUUCGACGAUCAGAUGUUUCACAUUGAAGGAGCACAGCAGCUGGGCACUAUUGCUGCGCAUGUACCGUAUGGCAUUGGACAGAAGUACCACAAAUCCAAACUGAAAGAGGACCCAGCCAAAAAUUAGUUCCCUUUACCUUGCCCAUAAAUUUGCUAUUAAGUUUAAUAUUUCCACAUGUGGGUUUCUAUCAAGACUAUAUUGAUGGGGGUGGGGGUCACAUUUUGAUAUUCACAUUCUUGCACAAACAAUAAAACACGUUAAAUGCUGCAAAGCUUAUUUGUUUUUAGACAACAUUUCUAGCUUUGACUUAUUUAAUGUCAGGAAAUAAAGCUAUGAAAUUUGUACAGCACGGUGCAAAGUUUAAUAAACAAUC